GGUUGGGCCGGGACAAUGAGUUUGGUCUCGAGAGCGGAGCUUGCUGCUGAAAAAACUAAGAGAAAGAAAAGAAGAGAAUUAACUGAAGAACAGAAGCAAGAAAUAAAAGAUGCUUUUGAGUUAUUUGACACAGAUAAAGAUAAAGCUAUAGAUUAUCAUGAACUAAAGGUGGCAAUGAGAGCCUUAGGUUUUGAUGUUAAAAAGGCAGAUGUGUUGAAGAUACUUAAAGACUAUGAUCGGGCAGGAACAGGGAAAAUCACCUUUGAAGAUUUUAAUGAAGUUGUGACAGACUGGAUCCUUGACCGAGAUCCACAUGAAGAGAUACUCAAAGCAUUUAAAUUGUUUGAUGAUGAUGAUUCAGGUAAAAUAAGCUUGAGAAACUUGCGUCGAGUAGCUAGAGAGCUUGGGGAAAACAUGACUGAUGAAGAACUUCGGGCUAUGAUUGAAGAAUUUGAUAAAGAUGGUGAUGGAGAAAUCAACCAGGAGGAGUUUAUUGCUAUCAUGACUGGAGAUGUUUAACAUUGUAAGAAAAGAACUGAACUUAGCACAAAAAAAAGGAUUAUCGGGUUUCAGCAAUGAAGCUGCCACCUUUUCAUUUUAGUUAAUUUCUGUACCAGGAGCCAUGCAAAAAAUAAUUUUCCUCAAAGGACCAAAAUAAACACAAAGUAUAUGUACUAAAGUUAAUAUUUUGUAUCAUUAAAUUUUAGAAUAAACAGUGUUACGUUUGAGUAAUCAUUUGUAAGAUAGCUUUGUAUAAGAAAUUUAAAUCAUAGUAUAAAAACUUUGAAAGUUGACAUUAUUUUAGCAUUAGCUGUGGCCUUAGUUUUUAUAUAAAAGUUUAACAGACAUCCAUUUUAAUAAAGUCUUCUUUUUAUAUUCUGUAAA